UUACAGCAUUUCCGGGUUUUGUGUGUCAUUCCACUGUCGGAAUAGUGUAACAGCACCAAACGCGGCGGAAAAAAAUAAUGUAAGCGAUCACUAUUGUAGUGUGAUUCGGUUUCCGAGUCACGUGGUCUCACUGUCAUGGCCACCGCGUAGGUUAGUGAAGUGGACGGCCGUCUGAACAAAAAAAACCGAUUCAACAUCAUAUACGAGAAGACAGAUAAGGAAGGUUUUCAUUGUUUCGGGAUGGGUGACGUGGACAGAUAUGUUGGGUAAAUGAUGUUAAAUUCUGAAAGGGAACAAACCUGACAGCUUUGGAGACCUUAAACAUAUUUUUGACAUACGUAUUGGAUACAGUGCCCCACCCUGUCUCCCCAGCAAUCAUGCUUAGCAAUCCGGUGAUUGUGGAGUCACUCGUAGUGUUUGCCAUCGUCCUUUGCGUGCACCUAGUCGUCUGGAACCAGCUGUCUUGGUGUUGCAUCGCUUUGGCCAUCCAGGCUUUCUACGUGCAGCAGAAAUGGGACCGGCUAUUGCAGUCCGGCGGGGCAGUCUUCCAGUUCCGGCCAUCAGCGAACAGCGGCAUCCUGUCAGCCUGCAUGGUUAUUCCCCUGCUGGGACUGGCCCUGAAGGAGCGCUGCAUGGCCUCCGGCAAUGUGUACUUCGAGCGCUUCUCCAUGGUGGUGACGGUCACUGGCAUGAUGCUUUCGCUUUUCCUCUCGCUCAUUGCCCUCGGCAUCACGCGGCCCGUGCCAACCAACACUUGCAUCAUCGCUGGCAUCGCCGGCAGCGGCGUCAUAUACACCACCAAGAAGACCCUGACGGUGUCCGAGGUCAUCGAGGUGCUGGAGGUCCUCCUGAUCUUCGUCUACCUCAGCCUGAUCAUGCUGUACUUGCUUCCCCGCUGCUUCACGCCCGGAGAGGCCCUCAUCAUGGUGGGAGGCAUCAGCUUCAUCAUCAACCAGCUCAUCAAGCGCUCGCUCAACCUGGCUGAGGUGAAGGGUGACCCUGUCAACUAUUUCCUCCCUGUGGUCCUGGUGGGAACGCUACUCUUGGGCGUCAUCUUCGCCGUGCUCUUCUGCUUCAUGGAGUCCGAGACCUGGGUCUCCGCCGUGUUCUUCUACACCAUGUCGGCCGUGCUGGGCCUGGGCAUCAUCAUUCCCUGGCUCUCAAUGCUCAUCCGCAGGCAUCCGAUCAUGUGGCUGCUGGACUUCCUCACGCACAGCCAGACGCGCCUCUACCUGCUGGCCUAUUGGGUCCUACUGGCUGGCCUGGCCUCCGUGGUUGUCUUGCACCAGAACUAUAAGAGGGCAUCUGGCUCCAAAAAGCACCAGGCCUCGACAGUGGUGAGGAAGUAUUUCCACCUCAUUGUGGUCGCCACGUACGUGCCCGGAUUAAUGUACGAUCGACAGCUGCUGCACGUGGCCUCGGUGACCUGCCUCGCUGUCUUCCUGCUCCUGGAGUAUGUGAGGUAUUUCCGAAUCCGUCCGCUGGGUCAGGUCCUGCGGCAGCUGCUUACGCUCUUCCUGGACGAACGCGACUCGGGCCCCCUCAUCCUCACACACAUCUACCUGCUCCUGGGCGUGUCCCUGCCCAUCUGGCUCUUCCCGGGACCUUGUGCCCCAAAAGGGAAUCUGCCUGGGGCGGGGGGUCUAGUGCCCUAUGCCGGCGUCCUGGCGGUAGGUGUGGGGGACACUGUGGCCUCGAUUUUUGGCAGCACCAUGGGGGAAAUCCGGUGGCCCGGGACAAAGAAGACCAUGGAAGGUACAGCCACGUCUGUCUUUGCCCAGAUCAUCGCCGUGGCGAUUUUCCUAAUCUUCGACGAGGCCGUCAACCUGAAUGCCAGCUAUGCAUGGGUUGUGGGAUCCAUCACCCUGGUGUCUAUGCUGGAGGCCUACACCGCUCAGAUAGACAACUUGCUCCUUCCACUGUACCUCUUCAUUCUCCUCUUGAUCUGAGCAAGGCCUCAGUCCUCUAGUGGCCCCGUGAUGGGAAAACCCUGCGAAUUACGGAAGAUCUAAAUUGAUCAUGCUUGAAGAUGGAUAGAUCUGUUUUCAAAGCUUUGCUGAUGUACCAAGUUCGGAAAAGGGAAAUCAAGUUAUGCUUUUCAAGAGUCUAUCCCAAUAAGUGGGUUUUUUUUUGGUGCUGCACAGAAAAAUUUGCAUUUUUUUUUUUCAUUUUAAAAAGGAGUCCUUUUACUUAUUUCUUUUUACAGUGACUGUACUGUUCUGCAUUACUGGACAAAUCCAUUUUGGAGAAAAGAAAGCUUUAAGGUUUAUUGUAUUUAGUCGUGAAGUUUGACCAGUUACUACACAACUAGGCAUGUCCAGUUUAUGUGAUGGACUGUCUAAAACAAAUAUGACUGAAAUUUGUAGUAUGAUGUGGAAUUUGAUUUCAGCUUCAGGAAAAUUUUAUUUACCUAUGAUAUUAAAAACAGCUUCAUUUACUUCACCAGUGAAGGAUGUACUUGAGUUUUUUUUUAUGGUACGAUUUUUUUUUUUUUUACCACUCACGGCAUUCGCUGGGAAAAUGGUACUGGUGCAGCAGAGAGACUGAAUUAUUAAAUGGGAGACUGAAUUUUGCAUUGUGGUGUAUGGAUCUCUGUGUAGGAGUUGAUGGCCUUGAAACACAGCUGCUUAAUCCCUUAGUGGAUUUAAGAGCAGGCCUGAAACAGAACACGCACCAUGCUUAUCUAACAUGUCAGCUGAAUGGAACUCUACCAGUGAGGCACUCUGAGGGGAAAAUGCUUAAGAUGACCACAAGGUGGCAGUACAUACUGGUGACCACGGUUCAUUUUUCAGUAAGAAGGGAUAUUUACUGAUAUUUUGGGAGGGUUGUUGUCCCUGAGCAUUAAAACGAUAAAUACAUCUCAGCACUGUAGCCCUUCCUUCAUGUACAGCCCAGGUGGUGUUAGUCAGACGCACUAGAAAAAUGUAAUGAUGUGACAAUGGCAUUGUGCAAAUGAAUGGCCUGUCAUCAAAUGUGGCUGGGCGCUUUGGACACAGUGCCUGAGCUCAGAAGGUCACCGCUUGUAUCCCAGCUUAGGCAGAGUGAUGUCACUGUUGGCCCAAACCCCAGUUGCUCCGGGGACGGGCUGACCCCGCUUUCUCAGUUGUAUGUAGCUUUGGAUAAAAUUGUCUGCCAAGUACAUAGUAUAAGCAUCAUACCAGCAGCCUCUUUAGGGAUGGGCUUCACUCUUCGGUAAUUUGGACUGGGACCAGACUGAUAAGCAAAUUACUCUGAUACCAAUACAGAUUUUAAACAGUUAAAUUUUCCGAUAGACUAACUGCAGCCUAAUGUAACAAAAAAAAGAGAGAUUAAAGUAGUUUAUGUAAAACUCACUGAUAUGAUUAUCGGCGUCUAAAGCUCAAACAGCAGAAAUUCACUGUCAAUAUACGUAUCAGAUAAGGUGCUUAUGUGUUCUACCUAAAAGCACCAUACAAAUGAUCUGUGUUCACUCAUAUAACUAAUCAUGCAUGUUGUGAUACAGUAUUUUCAUUCCCAGGUAUUAAGUUGCCCUGUACUGGAAGCACAUCUUGUUAAGAAGCUGCCUGAUAUCUUGCAGGAAGCACAGCUCUUUCCUCAAGAAGAGCUCCACUUUUCUGCAGGGUUAAGGAGACCCUGUCAGCGGGUUUUUUGCUGAUGCCCCGUUGGUGGAACCUGAACUUCGGCUGGUUUAAUCAGCUAGAGAGGCCCAGCACCGCUUUCAGGCAGACCAGACUCAGUCUGCACAGUGCUAGCUUUUAUCAAAGGUUAGUUCAGCCUACCAGUCUUCUGCACCUUGAUAUAAAUCCCCCCCACAGCAAAGACUCUCAUACUCGGUACAACUGUAGUAGCUUUAAUUAAUGUAAUUAAUGUGAUUAUUCUGAACUUUGCUCAACCUACGAUUAUGUCAGCAUCCUCAAUAUGCAGAUGACAGCAUCCAUAAGCCGAUCGUUGUGAGCAAACGUUUUGUGAACUUUUCGUUUUGUUUUGUUUUAGGCCCUAUGAUUUAAGGCUUAAACUAUAUAAAAAAAAAAAAAGUUUAUUUAUAUGGUCGUUCUACGUCGCAGAUUUUCACAUAUCGUUGAUGGGUCUGGAACGCAACUUCCGUGAUAGGUGGGGGGGGGGGGUCACUGUAUGUUGCUUAUGGUUACUAAAGAGAUUUGUUAUGGUUGUUCUAAUAUUUUGUAUUUGAUUUCAGAUUUUCUUGGAUCAGAACCUUCCGGUUGUUCGGCAAAACUUGGUUGAUGACCUUAAUCUACAACCGUCCACAUGUAGUUGAUUGGAAUCACAAAUACAGUAAUUUCACAUUUACUAUUAUUAGACAGAAGAGCAGAAACAGGUAUUAAUGCAGGUCACUGUAAUUUAGCUGCUGUGUGUUCGCAGGCAGCCUGUGAGGAGUCGGCAUGGCUGCCCUCAUGCUGACCUUUGUCUCCACGCUUCCGCAUAUCGCAAACAGUUAGCUAAUGGUAACCUAUCAUCUCAAUUCAGACUGUGUACAUUAUAACGGCCCUGUCAUUUCAGGCUGCAUUCACUCGCCGCAUGACGCAUUCUGAAUGGGGAUGCAGUACGGUUAGGGACAAGGUCUUGUCAAUUACCAUAUUAUGUUUUAAUGUUCAGAUGCACUAUCAUGAAAAGCAGUCAGUCAAUUUUAAAAUCUGGCAGCUGGACACAGUAGUAGAUGAUUUUCUAAAAUGCUCUUGAGGUCUUCAGCUGGUUCCUGACAUGUGGUACAGUGUUGCAGUCGAGAUAAAAUCAAAUGUGUGUAUGUUUUCGCUCCCACUCCUCAAUCGAAAUGUGUUUGCUUCAUUCCAGAUUUUCAGCUACUCUUGCAUGCAUAUGCAGUAAAACCCUCUCUUUCUGCUGGUAUUUGUAUCUAAAUGUUUUUUCCUUUGAUAUGAAAAUUACAAAUAAUACAAAUAAAGGAUGGAGCAACAAUAAAA